AUGGUCCCCCCAAAUACGUCGGGCAACCCGCUCAGUGCGGGCUCGCUGGCGCUGUUCAUGGCUAAGAGCUUGCCUGAAUCGUCGCCGCAGCUCAAGUCGACAUAUGAUGCUGUUGCACUGGCUGUACAUGCGGGCAUGAUUGCCGUCGGCUUCCGGUUAAUAGGGUUGGGCGAGGAUCACAGGAUAGAAGCCAGCAGCGAAGCGCACGACCUCCAGCCCCUACCCACCGAAUGGAAUGCCUCGUCCUCCAGCUACGCCUUCCGCUACGCCCACGCGCAAUCCUCGAUGGAAUAUCUCGUCAAAGUGAACCGUCUCGGCAGCAAAGCCGUCGUUUUCGCUCUCGCCAUCGGCGACGACAAGACCAGCUCCUUCGAAAUAACCGUUAACGACUUCAUCUCGCCCUCCUCCAUCCCCUCCGGCUCGAUAACCGCCCACCGCACCACUGAAGAAACCAUGAAAACGCUCCAAGAAAUCUUCAUCUCCGUCGGCCGCCUCAGCGACCUCGGCUCCCUGCUCCAAACAAAGAUAAUCCAGAAACUCGCCCCCGGCAUCCAGAAGGAAGGCUACGAAGAAACUCCCACCACGACAUCCACUACCACCGAGUCCCACGACACCCAGCGCGAUCAACACGAUCCCCGCCGUCCCCAGCCCGAAUACGACCCCUCCCGCUACCCCGGCGACCCCGCCCCUGCACGCCCCUACCCCUUCGACGACCCGCUCGCCGCGCCGCCCCGCCGGCCCAUACCCGGCGACUUCCCACCCCCGGGCUUCGAAGACGAGUACGAGAUCAACCGCCCGCCGCGCGGUCCCCUGCCUCCGGGCGGCCGCGCGCCCUUCAACAUCGGCGAAGACGACCUCUACCCGCCAGGCCUAGGACCGCACGACCCGAUCCGGCCGCAUUUUGGCGGGGGACUGCUGCCUAGACCUGGCUUCGGUGGACAAGGCGGCGGCGGAGGGAUGCACCCGACGUUUGACGAUCCGCUGUUUCAGGGGCAGGGGCAGGGCGGGUACGAUCCGCAGGUGCCGCCGGGGGCGAGGUAUGAUCCCUUAGGCCCCGGAGGGCAUCCUGGGGAGGGGAGGGGCAGGGGACCGAGGUUUCCGGGUGGGGGUGGAGGCAUGGGCGGGAGACCGCCAAAUCCGUUUGGAGGGUUCGGUGGUGGAGAUUUCAUUUGA